AUGCAGCUCACCAACGUCAUCGCCCUACUGAGCGUCCUCGGCGCCACCGCCCUCGCGGCACCGCAGGUGGAUGCAGGCUGCACACUUUCGUGUGGCAUCUGGAACGGGUGUCGUGUGAGGAACGCCAUCACUGGCGACCCUCUGACUGAGUGCGGUGCUGAGCCGCCGAGGUGCAAUUGCACUCAGUUUGCCAACUCUGCGAAGGAGGCUCUUGACCAAAAGAUGUGA